CAGAUUUGUCCAUAUUAAGUGCUAUGUAAUCAAAUCCAAUACUUAUUUAAUUAGAGGUAGUGGUUUUUCUAGGAGUCAAUAUUAUUUUCUUAAGGGUUGUGUAAAUGAUUAAGUGAACGCUCUUUUUAAUCCUGAUGGAAUAUAAUUUUAUUUCAAAAAACUAUAAGAUUUUAAAUGCAUCAUUAAUAUUAAGUAGUUUGAAUCCCAAAAGCAAAAAAAAAAAAAAAAAAAAUGUUUGGAAGAGAGGAAUUAUUGGUCUGCAUGCAUUUUGAUAUGUGUCACAAAGUGCUCUCUCGUUUCGAAUUCCAAAAAACCCCAGUUUCCCUCUUUCAUCUCACCAAACAAAAGCAUCAUCCAAUUAAAUGUAUUUUCAUUCUAUAAAAUAAUCGCCAUGGAAAUUGAUCAAUGAGGAGUACUUGCAAAGCAAGAUGACCCAAAUGGUAGACUCCGACCCAAAUAUUGAGCUUAAGCAGCAGUCAGAGAUUUUUGUUGAUAAGGAAGCUAACAGAAGCUGCAACUCUAAAGCCAAGAUAAGCUUAAUUGGAAUUCGAAGGCAAAAGAACGGGAGAUAUGCUGCUGUGAUUACAGACCAAAUUAGACAUAAGAAAAUAUGGUUGGGCACUUUUGACACUAUAGAAGAGGCUUCACAAGCUUAUUUCUCCAAGAAGUCUGAGUUUGAGAAUGAGAAAUUAAGCAAGCUGGGAAAUAAGACGAGUAAAAGAAUCCAUGAAACAGCACGUAUCGAUGGGGUUCACAAGAAAAACAAGAGAGGAAAAUAUAACACUGAGAUUACAAACCCCAUCACUAAGAAAAGAAUCUGGCUGGGGACUUUUGGCAAUGCAGAAGACGCUUCCCAAGCUUAUCAAUCUGAAAAGCCCGAGUUAAACGCGAUGCAACAGCAAUGUACUAAUAAGCAUACCCAUUCUAAGCAAGAUGGGAAAUCAAAGAAAUUAGUCAAUGUCAAGCAAGGACGUGAAAAUGUAAAUUGUGAAAUAUUUCAGCCCGAAUCAGCUGGUGGAUCAGAAAUUGAUAUUCCGAUCUCAACUUCAUCUAAUGGAGGAACUGACCAAAGGAUUGAUUUUCACAAAAUAGGCACUGCACAAGAAGCUUUCCGUGUUAAUCACUCUAAGAGAAAACAGGUAUUGCUAAGGAGGCAUCCAAAGCUUAAACCGGUAUUUCUAAGGAGGCCUCCAGAGUCUUUAUCUCAGUGGUUAAUGGAUAAUAAAGUCUGUGGCGCUAUAUCAUCUAAUGAGUGUGAUACUAGCACAAGCUGCAAUCCUAAAGCCAGGAGAAGCUUAAUUGGAAUCCAAAGGCAAAAGAACGGGAGAUACGCAGCACGGAUUACAGAUCGAAUUAAGCAUAAGGAAGUAUGGUUGGGCACUUUUGACACUGUUGAAGAGGCUUCACAAGCUUAUUUCUCCAAAAAGUCUGAGUUUGAGAAAUUAAGCCAGGGAAAUAAGGAGAAACAACUGAAGAAGACUUGUGAUCAAAUUCAGCAGCCUGAAUUACCGUCUGUUGUGGAAAUCUUAAAUACUGCUAGUUGGGGUAGAAGAAAGAAAAGAACCGAUUCUCAAGGGAAAGAACCCGGAUCUUCUCAAGAAACCUCAUGUUUAAUGACUAAUGUACAUGGCACAAAAUCAUCUGAUAUGUGUAAUACUACUACAAGUUGCGAUCCUAAAGCCAAGAGAAGCUUAAUUGGAAUCCGAAAGCUGAAGAGCGGGAGAUAUGGAGCAGUGAUUACAGACCGAAUUAAGCAUAAAGAAGUAUGGUUGGGCACUUUUGACACUAUUGAAGAGGCUUCACAAGCUUAUUUCUCCAAGAAGUCUGAGUUUGAAAAACUAAGCCAGCAGGGUAAUAAGGACAAUAAACAAAAGGAGAAUCUUGAUCAGAUUCAGCAGCCUGAAUCAUCACCUGUUGCGGCAUCCUUUUCCAACAUGGCUAAUCAUCAAACCUUAGAUACUGCUAGUGGAAGUGGGCGAGAUAAUAGAAUCGAUUCUCACAAAACAAAAGCACAUAUUAUUGGGGCUCAUAAGAGCAAGAUAGCAGGGAAAUAUAGGUCUCGGAUUACAAACCCCAUCACUAAAAAGAAAAUUUCGUUGGGAACUUUUGACACUGCUGAAGAAGCUUCCCAGGCUUAUCAUUCUAAGAAGCUCGAGUUUCAGAAAUUAGUCAAGGCGAAGCAGCAGCAAUGUAGUAAUGAGCAAACUCAUUCUAAAAUAGACGGGAAAUCUGAGAAAGUAGUCAAUGUCAAGCAAGGAGAUGAAAAUGUAAAUUGUGAACUCGAAUCAAUUGGGGGAUCACCAGAAAUUGCUGUUUUGAUCUCAAAUUCAUCUAAUGGCGGAACUGAGCAAAUGGUUGACUUUCACAAAAUAGUCACUGCUGAAGAAGAUUCUAAGAAAUUCGAUCUUCAGACCUCAAAGAAGGACGAGCUGCAAAGCGAUAUGACAACUGAUUCUAGUGUUGGGGAGAAGCAAGAAGGUCAAGAAGACGAUGAAGAUUUAUGGAUAGGGGGAUGGGUGCAACUUCCAGGUAAUAGAGAAGUCAAAUUUUCACUGAAGCUGGGCUUACCAAUCAUCGAUAACUAUGGAUAUCUUUUAGGCGAGUUAAGCAGUUUGGACGAUCUUAGUAUUAGGUAAUUGAAGACGACAAUGCUGUGUUUUUCCUAGCUUAUUGAAUGUUUGCAAAUUGCAAGAAGAUUUUUGGUAGUUUCAAGUUUUAGGAUCCAGUAGAUAGUAGUAAUAUGUAAAGCUUCUUGCACUUGUUGGUCUUGUUCAUUAUGAUACUGAUUAACAUGGUAUAUCUGCAUAUUUUUAACUAGCCCUGCUAUACUUCUCUAUGUUUGUUUCAGCUAUUUUUCUGGAAAUAUCUCAUACAAAAUUCAGUCCUGACUGUAAAAUGCUAAGA